AUGACUUCAACCCCAACACCCUCGACCACCAUGCCCACUGCCAUCGAGAACCAGCCGUCUGAACACUACUACCACCCGCGCAAGUACGAGGCGGCGCACUACGAGUCCACCCCGGAGGGCCAGUCGUGGCCCGUGAUCGUUGUUGGAGCCGGUCCCGUCGGUCUUGCCACGGCUCUUGGCCUCGGCAAGCGCGGCAUCAAGGUUGCCGUGGUUGACCAGGGCAUCGGCGCCUCCUUCGGCUCCCGCGCAACUUGCUACUCCCGCCACACGUUUGAGAUCUGCGACCGCCUCGGCUACGGCGACAAGCUGGCCAAGCGCGCGCUCGGAUGGGUCGGCGGAACCUCGUACUACCGCUCUGAGGAGGUGCUCAGCUUUGAGAUGCCGCAGGACCCGUCCAACCUCCGCCUGCCCAUGUUCAACAUUGGACAGUGCGAGUACGAGGACUUCCAGCUCGCCGAGAUCGACAACUGCCCCAACGUCACCAUGCUCUGGGGCUCGACGCUGAAGGACAUUAAGCCCGACGACAAGGGCGUCACCCUCACUGUUGAGAGCGUUGACGGCGAGCGCACGCUCCGCGCCGACCGCGUCGUUGCCUCUGACGGAGGCCGCUCCAAGGUCCGCGAGUCGCUCGGCCUCCACCUCCAGGGAACCGCCUACGAGGGCCGCUACGUGAUCGCCGACAUCCACUGGAAGAGCACCCUCCCCAUCGCCCGCCGUGUCUGGUUCGACCCCCCUUCCAACCCGGGCUCGACCGUCAUUAUGCACAAGCAGCCGGACGACAUCUGGCGUAUCGACUACCAGCUCAACGAGGGUGAGGACGUUGCUCACGAGACGACGCGCGAGGCCAUUGUCGCCCGUAUCACCAAGCACCUGUCCUGGCUCGAGGACAACGGCACCAUCACCAAGGAGCCAUGGACGCUCGAGUGGCACUCGUUCUACAAGGCGCUCGCCCUCGCUCUCCCGGACUUCUGCCCCCCUGAGGGCCACGACCGCGUCGUCUUUGCCGGUGACGCCGCCCACCUCGUCCCCAUCUUCGGUGUCCGUGGCCUGAACUCGGGCAUGGAGGAUGCCGACACCCUCGCCUGGAUGCUCGCUGCCGUCACUUACGGCGAUGCCUCGCCCGAGCUCCUCCACACCUUCUCCAAGGAGCGUCACGACGCUUGGGAGCAGAACAUUGCCGCCGCCGGCAAGUCGACCCUCAUCAUGACCCCCGGCUCGGACGGAUACAGGUGCACGCUCGUCUGCGACCCACGCCCUCCGCUCGCCCCUCACUGUUGCCACCUUGCCACCGAGGCCAACGGUCUCCAGGUCGGCGAGCCGCUCGAGGACCGCGUCAUCGGCUCGACCUCGCUUCACCGCGCCCGUGGCCCGGGCUUCGGCGUCUACACCGUCGGCCCCGCGACGGAGACUGCCGAGAACGUCGCCGCGGCGAUCCAGAAGGCCCUCCCGCACGAGCGCGUGACGGUCAUCCCGCUCGAGGCGGGCGAGGACGGAGGCGCCGCCGCGUCCUGGGGUGCCGAGGCUGGCGAGCUCGUCGUCGUUCGUCCGGACGGCAUCGUCCUUGCCCGUGGCAAGAAGAUCCCCCCCGUCGACGCCUGGCUCAAGGCCGGCAAGGCGACCGAGGCGCCGGCCAACAGCAAGAUCGCCGACCCCGUCCUCCUCUCCAAGGAGCAGAGCGACCGCGAGGACGUCUGGCUCCAGCUGUCGCAGGCGCUUGACGCGGUCCAGAACCGCGAAAAGUUCCUCACCCAGCUCGCCAUUGUGCUCGGAGCCAAGGCCGGACCCGAGAUCACCAACAAGGCGAUUGACAUUCUCAAGAAGGAGCGUCUCGCCAAGGAGGACGGCGAGAAGGCCGAGGACGACAUCCGGGCCCAGGCUAAUGGCACCGCUAAUGGAAAGUAA